CGCCGCUCGCCGCUCGCCUCCCCAGCCCUGCGCGUCGCCUCCCGGCCCGACCAGGAGGAGGAGGGGGCGGAGGCGCCGCCUUCCCCGCGCCGCGCGCUCCCGCUGUUGUCUGCGCUCCGCUCUGGACCAGUUUGGGGAAGUUGCCGCGGCUCUGUGUCGCCCAGAUGUGCGACCUCAUUGAGCCGCAGCCGGCCGAGAAGAUCGGCAAGAUGAAGAAGUUGCGCAGAACUUUGUCGGAGAGUUUCAGCCGCAUUGCUUUGAAGAAAGAUGACACCACCUUUGAUGAGAUAUGUGUCACAAAGAUGUCUACCCGGAACUGCCAGGGAAUGGACUCAGUGAUCAAACCCCUGGACACAAUUCCUGAGGAUAAAAAAGUCAGGGUUCAGAGGACACAGAGCACUUUUGACCCAUUUGAGAAACCAACUAAUCAAGUAAAGAGGGUGCAUUCGGAGAACAAUGCUUGCAUUAAUUUUAAGACCUCCUCCACUGGCAAAGAAUCUCCUAAAGUUAGGCGGCACUCCAGCCCCAGCUCGCCGACAAGUCCCAAAUUUGGAAAAGCUGACUCAUAUGAAAAACUGGAAAAAUUAGGGGAAGGAUCUUAUGCUACAGUAUACAAAGGGAAAAGCAAGGUAAACGGGAAGUUGGUAGCCCUGAAGGUGAUCAGGCUGCAAGAAGAAGAAGGUACACCUUUUACAGCUAUCAGGGAAGCUUCUCUGUUAAAAGGACUAAAACAUGCGAACAUAGUGUUGCUUCAUGACAUUAUCCACACCAAGGAGACGCUGACACUUGUGUUUGAAUAUGUGCACACUGAUUUAUGUCAGUACAUGGACAAGCACCCCGGGGGACUACAUCCAGAUAAUGUGAAGUUGUUUUUAUUUCAGUUGCUGCGAGGGCUGUCUUACAUCCACCAGCGUUAUAUUUUGCACAGAGACCUGAAACCACAGAACCUUCUGAUCAGUGACACGGGGGAGUUAAAGCUGGCAGAUUUCGGUCUUGCAAGAGCAAAAUCUGUCCCUAGCCACACAUACUCCAAUGAAGUGGUUACCUUAUGGUACAGACCUCCAGAUGUCCUCCUGGGCUCGACAGAAUAUUCCACCUGCCUUGACAUGUGGGGAGUUGGUUGCAUCUUUGUUGAAAUGAUCCAAGGAGUUGCUGCUUUUCCAGGAAUGAAAGACAUUCAGGAUCAACUUGAACGAAUAUUUCUGGUUCUUGGAACGCCAAAUGAAGACACUUGGCCUGGAGUCCAUUCUUUACCACAUUUUAAGCCAGAGCGCUUUACCGUGUACAGCUCUAAAAACCUUAGACAAGCAUGGAAUAAGCUCAGCUAUGUGGAUCAUGCAGAGGAUCUGGCCUCCAAGCUCCUACAAUGUUCCCCAAAGAACAGACUAUCAGCCCAGGCUGCCUUGAGCCAUGAGUAUUUUAGUGACCUGCCCCCACGGCUAUGGGAACUGACCGAUAUGUCUUCUAUUUUUACCGUCCCAAAUGUAAGAUUGCAACCAGAAUCUGGAGAAAGCAUGCGGGCCUUUGGGAAAAACAAUAGUUAUGGCAAAUGUCUAUCGAAUAGCAAGCACUGAUGAGCACAACGUUCUCAAGAGAGCACAGAUUAAGUUGUCAUCAUUCUGGGAAGAAUAGAAAACAUUAAUGAAGUGGCCAGUAAUACGAAAGGCCAUCACGGAUCGGUUUCCUUUCACUCCCUGUGGUGGAUUUCACUUACAAGAAAAUUGAAGCUGGCAAGACCCUGUUUUCUCUGCAAUUUAUUUAAAACCUUGCACGCACUUGGCUACCUUGUGAUUUCCAAGAACUAUGUGAAGAUUAAGCUUUGCUUACUGGUACAUGGCAUGUAUUCUUUUCAGUCUUUUGUGUUUGAUUUUGUUUGAUUUCCCCCUCUGCAGCACAGCGUCUCUGUAAAGUUUUUAUGCUUUUACCAACCACGUCUUAAAUACAUUAAGACAACACAUUUGGUGUUCACACUUGUUCAGAAAUGUCUGUAGUUAAAAGCCACAUAGUGGCAUAAAACAAUGUGUGUUUUCCUUGAGACCAGGGCACAUUUCGCAACCACCAGGAAAGAGCUGUUUAGCUAAAGCAAACCCAUGUUCUCCAACUGACUUGACAAAGUGGUCCCUGGCCUUGGGGCCCAUCUUGUCGCUUACCUUUUGAGGACAUUUGCAAAUGUGUUCUUGUUUGUUUUUGUUUUUUUUUCUCUCUUGGAAAUAACUGCACAUUUAUAUAGGAUAUCAGAAUAUGCUUAGCAUUUUCAAGCCACAUAGCAUGACUGUCUUCCAAGUAGGUUGAAAGUGGAGAGACAAGUAUCAAGCAUUAAGAGAACAAAAACCGGGAUGAUAAAUUGCUUACUUUUCAACCUUUGGAGACUGAGGUAACUUUUUACAUGUUUUCUGGGACUUGUCAACAUCUUAUUUUUCCAUCCACUCUUUUACAUUUUGUCAGUAUUUUCUUAAUGGAGAAAAGAGUGAGGAACAAAAUGUUUAAAACUUAGGUGCACAAGAAUUGGAUCUGCUGGGUUAGCCCUGAAAACCAUCUUUGCGAGUUAACGUUUAAAAAGCAAAUUACAAAGUUAUCAAGAGCUAAACAUUUGCUCAUUUACACCAAAGCACCUUUAAGUUACAUUUUUUUAAACAUUCCAAGCUGAUUGGAAAUCAUCAUUGGGUACCCUAACUUUAAACAGUCUCCUGGAAAAACUGUUUGAAUGCAGGUUUCAGAAGCAA